UUCUGAUUGGUAUAGUCGAAUCUUUUCUGAAAAGACGCUUAUUCGUCAACCUAAUUUCAUUCAAACUAGAAAAUAACAAUCAAAGUUCAAAAAGGAAUGUACAAAAACUAUAACAACCAAUUAUUUACAACAAAGUCUCUCCACAGACUAACAAUAGGAAAAAUUUUUAAUUACGUUGGAUCAAGAAAAUUUAUAGCUGAAAUAGGGUCAUACGACUAAAAGAAAGCCGAUUGCACUAAAAAGUUUCGGAUUUAAAAAUUAUUUCAAACCGUGUAAAGUCAUAAACUUUUCGUGAUUAUCAACACUAUGCAAAGUAAUUAGACUCCUUGUGUCAACAAAGAGGGUUGUAAAAUGGUCUGGCCCCAGGUCCGUAAAGUUAAUCUUAACCCAGCUCUUCUUCAGAAAAGGUUGUGCAUCCCUGGUUUUAGCAUCGACUUUGGAUCGAAUAAUAGUGCAUUUCAUUUGUGUGUUUAGUUUUAAUUAUUUAUAAUUAACCCAUAAAAAUGAGCAAAAAACAGAAAGGAACGUUAGAAAUUUUUUUUAAUAUAUGUAAUCGCGGACCGGGACCUUCAAAAAGAAAAUAUAGUGACGAAAAUCCUAGUGAAAGUUCCGAUGGUGAUGAUACAGUAAAAAGUGCAACGGAAAAAACAAGUCCUAAAACUAAAGAUUUCGAUAUGGAGAGAUAUGCGGAAGAUGAGCAGAUAAGUGCGGAUGUGGAUAGAAAGCUGGAUGAUGAGGAUGAUUUCCUCAGUUUUGACUUGGACAAUUACCAAGAAACUAAUUAUCGGGAAAUUGUUCUCGAUCUUGCCGAGGAUUGUUUCGGCUAUGGCGAUUCUAAUUCGCAACAAAUUGAUGUUUGCUUUCGUUGCGACGAAUGCGAGAAUCCUCGGGUAUCGUGUGAUCGGAAAGUUGAGCUGGAAGUUGUUGGCGAUUGGCUCGACAGAAAGCUAGAGCUGCGUGAGGAACAAUUUGAUGAUUGGGAUGAUUUCUUUGAUUGUGACUUGGAAAGUUACCAAGAAACAAACUAUUUGGAUAUUGUUCUCGAUCUUUCCGAGAAUUGUUUCGGCUACACCGAUUCUCAUUGGAGACAAGUCGAUAAAAACGAAUGCGAGAAUCAUCAGAAAGUCGAGCUUGAAGCUGUUAGCCAUUGUCUCGACAGGUUAAUGAUUACCAUUGUGAAUGCUUACCUGGAUGGAAAGGCAAGAAUUGUGAUGAAUAUAUCAGUGAAUGUGUAUCUCAACCUUGUUUGCAUGGCAAUUGCAUUGAUGUACCUAACAAUUAUUCUUGUUCAUGUCAUCCUGGAUAUACGGCAUAGUUUUUUAUUUCAGCUGAAUGAAAAAGAUUAUAAGUUGUAA